AUGUUCAGCAUCACUGGUGCUAUAGCCAAGACGGCUGCAACGCGACCUAUACAUUUUCUUGUCGUGCCGGCAUUACUUGCAUCGGUUGCUUAUUUGUCAAUUGUUGAUGAAUAUGUACCAUCAUCCGAUGGUAUUAGUUAUUACCACUCGCCAAGUCCCUUGAAUGAGUGGGUGCACAUUAAUGAGGAACAAAUUGGAGAUUUUGCAAAUUGCGAGCAUAUAACUUUGGCGCCUGUCAGAUUUAGAAGUUUCCACACAGUACCGCAACUCCCAAAUGCAAUUAGCUCCAAUGGCAAUGAACAGAUCUUGCUCGUUGAUAAUGAGACCAAUUUGGACACAAUUACGAUAGACGGUGUGACGUGGAAGUUGACAGAGGGCCACAAGAUUAUCAAGUAUUACGAAUACCUUAGGAAGGAGAUUUACAAAUUGCAAGAGUCAUUUGAAAAAGCUGACAAUUUUGAUAUCAUCUUGAUUUUAGUUGCAUACAUUGCCAUGUGGUAUACGUUGAUCAAAGUUUUUUUGGACAUUAGAAAGCUAGGUUCUAAGUUUUGGUUGGCUUUCUCGACAUUAGUGUCUUCUACGUUUGCAUUUUUAUUCGCUUUGGUGGUGUCCAUUAAACUUGAUAGAAAAGUAUCAUUGUUAAGUCUUUCAGAGGGGAUUCCAUUUUUAGUUGCUAUUAUUGGCUUUAAACACAAGGUAUCAAUUGCUACCGUUGUUCUGAAGUCGUCAACAGUAUCACCCGAAGAUGUUCCCCAUAUAGUUUCACAAGCAAUUUCUUCACACACUUUGAGCAUGUUUAGGGACCACGUUGUUGUGAUUGGAGCUUUAGUUGCUUGUGCAGUUUAUGCCAACCAUUUAACGGGGUUGAGAAACUUUUGUAUUCUUAGUGCUUUUAUAUUGGCCUUUGACUUGAUAUUGGUACACACAUUCUAUGCAGCCAUUUUGGCGUUGAAAAUAGAGAUAAAUCGUGCCAGAAGAACAGAAGAUUUGAAAAAUGCAUUGGAAGAAGAGGGCAUCUCCUCAUUGGUAGCUGCAAGGGUUGCUGAACAAUCAUCCAUUAUUGAACAUCCAAACGAAACUAACUUUUUCCAAGACUACUCAAUAUUAUCUUUUAAGGUUGUUAUGAGCGUUGGAUUUAUCGCGUUUAAUGUGUUUUGGGUGGGAAGCUCGUGGAUGGAGGGUAGGUCUGGGUCAUCACUAAAAAUCCCGGAAACUGUCACCAUUGGUAGCGAUGGCACAUUAUUGACUAUUCUCCCAACAAGGUUUUACGUUCAUGGUUUUGCGUCACAAGUGGAAGACUUUGUUUAUCUCGUUCUUGCAAAAAUUAGUGAUGCUAUCAAGGAUAGUUUGAUUUCCAAGUUUCUUCUUUUUGGAUUUGGUGUUUCUAUUGUGUCCAACAUUUAUUUUUUAAAUGCCGCUAGAUAUCAAGUUACAGCAACCCACAAAUUGCUUGAAAAUGAAAUGUUGAAGCCCGCUGAGGUUAAAGAGAAUCGCAAAGAUGAAACUACAUUUGAAGCACUUGAAAUGGAGGUUGGAGGAGGCAAAGGAGCUUCUUCUAGAGACCUCCAAGAAUGUAUUGCCUUUCUCAAAGAUGGUAAAGUCAAAUCCCUUACCAACAGCGAAAUCACUUCUCUUGUUGUAAGUGGAAAGUUACCACUUUAUGCAUUGGAAAAACAGUUGGCAAACAAUGCUAGAGCAGUUGUUGUACGCCGUAAAGCAAUCGCCAAGUUAGCCAAUGCUCAAAUUGAUAGGCUUCCUCAUUUAAAUUAUGACUAUGACAAGAUCUUUGGCGCGUGUUGUGAGAACGUGGUUGGUUACAUGCCACUUCCCGUUGGUGUUGCGGGUCCGUUGAUUAUUGAUGGAAAGAGUUACUACUUGCCUAUGGCCACAACUGAAGGAUGUUUGGUAGCCUCCACACAAAGGGGUUGUAAAGCUAUUAAUAGUGGGGGUGGAGUGACAACAGUAUUGACGAGAGAUGGUAUGACUCGUGGUCCUUGUGUCAAAUUUGGUUCACUAGCAAGAGCUGGAGCAGCAAAAUUGUGGAUUGACUCUCCCGAAGGCCAACAGGCUUUGAAAAACUCAUUUAAUUCAACCUCCAGAUUUGCACGUCUUCAACAUAUUCAGACGGCUCUUGCUGGUACUUUGUUAUUUAUAAGAUUUAGAACAACAACUGGAGAUGCAAUGGGAAUGAAUAUGAUUUCAAAGGGAGUGGAAUACUGUUUGCAUCAAAUGGUGAAUAAGUUUGGAUUUGAAGAUAUGGAGAUCAUAUCUGUGUCCGGUAAUUAUUGUACUGAUAAGAAACCUGCAGCUAUAAAUUGGGUUGAAGGUCGAGGAAAGUCUGUUGUUGCUGAAGCAAGAAUUCCUCGGGAUGCUGUCACAAAAGUUUUGAAAUCUGAUACUGACGCUCUUGUGGAGUUGAACAUUUCAAAAAAUUUAGUGGGAUCUGCAAUGGCAGGUGCCAUUGGAGGUUUCAACGCACAUGCUGCAAAUUUGGUUGCCGCAGUUUUUUUGGCUUGUGGUCAAGAUCCCGCUCAAGUAGUAGAGAGUGCAAAUUGUAUCACCUUGAUGGAUAAAGGUGCUGAUGGAGAAUUGAUCAUCUCUGUCUCUAUGCCAUCAAUAGAGGUUGGUACAAUUGGAGGUGGAACUAUUCUUGAUGCGCAAGGUUCAAUGUUGGAGUUGUUAGGUGUAAGAGGCCCUCACCAAACACAACCUGGUGCAAACGCACAGCAAUUAGCUAAAAUUGUUGCUUCUACAGUACUAGCCGCGGAAUUGUCUCUUGCAUCUGCCCUUGCUGCGGGUCAUCUUGUGCAAUCUCACAUGACUCAUAACAGGGGUGCUUCUGCACCUGCUUCUUCAACAAGUUGUAUAAAGUCAUAA